AUGUCGGAGGAAAAGGCGGGCACUUCUGUUAAAAGCCUGCGCCUGGGUUUUUGCGAGGUCUGUGCCGCAAAGGAAGCCCAAUAUGCCUGCCCCAAGUGCGAAGUGAAGACCUGCAGCGUGGCCUGCGUCCAGAUACACAAGAGGGAGCUCGACUGCGAUGGUCUGCGGGAUCGCACCAAGUUCGUGCCAUUGAGCGAGAUGACGGCCCGAGAAAUGAUGAGCGAUUACUACUUCCUGGAGGAGUGCACGCGGUACGCGGAUGACCGCAAGGGCGACCACGCCAAGCGCUAUACCCAGCAGCAGCGAUACCUGCCAGGGCCGCAGCAUCGCAUGCGCGCGGCAGCCCAAAAGCGGAACAUUAAGCUUUCCCUGCUGCUGCCGCUCUUCAGUCGGCACAAGGAGAACACCACAUUUCUGGACUGGAAGCGGAAUCGCUUCUAUUGGCGCAUCGAUUGGCUGUUUGCGAAUGCUGCAGAGGAAGAGAAGGAGGAGCAUGACCAGACGAAGUCCGCCCACUUUGUGGAUGCUCGCUGUGAUGAAGAACUGACUCUGGCCGCCCUCCUCCUUAAGUAUGUGGAUCCCAAGCAGGAGACAGCCCGCAAGAAUCGCAAAUGCCUCGUCCGCUAUCAAACGGUGGGCAUUGGUGGCCUGAGCUUUUGGCUGCAGGCCGAGGGCGUCCGGCGCAGCGCCACUCGCUGCUAUCACCUGGAGGCAAACAAAACGCUGCGCGAGAAUCUCUCCGGCAAGACUAUUGUGGAGUUCCCCACCAUCUUUGUCACCUAUGCGCCGCAUCCUCCGGCUGGCUACGAGACGAUAGACAGUGAUAAAGAAUCGGAUGAUGAGCUCACAGGAAACGCAUCUGAUUCCCAAUCGGAAGAGGAGGAGCCAGCAUCUGCGAAUACACCGAAAAAGGCAAAGAUACUGCACGAUUUUGAUGAGAUUCACGAUGUCUACCAUGCAUUGGCUUCUGCUUAUUCUGACGACGACGGGGACACAGAUCACUGUGGUAUUGAAGGAAUGUUUCGUAAAGACAUCGAGCUGUAAACCAAGAGAAGAGCCAAAGCAGAAGCGACAGAGUUUAAGAUUGAGAUUUGGUAGUCUCUGACUAGCUUGUGGCAAAACAGAAGGAAACUAGGGAAGAUCCAAGCGUCUGAUCGACCCUUAGCCUUAAUAAGAGGAUCCUGUGUAACAUUAUCUAGUACCUGAAUAUUAGCGGGGAAGUCGCAAGCAGCCCAAGCGAAGAUAAAUCAGAACAGAUGCCUUAUGUCCUUCUCUGGCCAGUACUACGAUAAUGAAAAAUAAAGUAAAGAUCGUGAAUGAAACAGAGCCUUAUGCAUGUCCUACCGCUGCCAAAUAAAAUAAUGAUGUGGUUGGAUGUAUUUUUACAUAAA